UCCACAGCUAUGUUACAAUCUCUUCUUUCCUGCACUGUUGAGCUCCGCCCACUGCUGUCACAUGAUCCUCCCCACAGGUCCUUCAGCCUCAGUCACAUCUAUACUGCUAAACUUUACCCCCAAAUGUACUGGUCACAUGAUUGUGACAUCAUCGCAGGUCCUACACCUCCGGCAUGUAGCAGAUACAGAGCAGGUCCUGGUGGGGCAGUCACUGCUGUUGUGUUGUACGUGAAGAUCUCUCAGAUCAGCAGCCCCUGAUCAUGUGACUCCUCCUCCAUGUGACUGAUCACAUGACGGUGACAUCAUCGCAGGUCCUGUAAGCACACGGCUCCUCUACAGAUACAGGUUUCUCCAAUCCAGGAUCCUCUGCUGAUAUCUUCUAUAUAAGAGAAUUCUCCUGGAUGACCCAUCAACCAUGGAGAGAGACAGAAACAAGAUGGCCGAAAGGAUCAUAAACCUCACCCUACAGAUACUCUUCCUGCUUACUGGAGAGGAUUACACAGUAGUGAAGAAGUCCUCUAGUGGGCGCUGUUGGGCCCCUGUGGGUGAAAAAUGGGGAAGAACCCUGAGCCCAAUCCUGGGCCCCCCACCUCACUCCCUGAUACAUGAGGAAAUGGAUGAACAGAAGAUCCGAGAACUCAUCAACAAGAUGAUGGAGCUGCUGAUUGGAGAGGUUCCUAUAAGGUGUCAGGACGUGGCGGUCUAUUUCUCCAUGGAGGAGUGGGAGUAUGUAGAAGGACACAAGGAUCAGUACAAGGAUCAGGUCAUGAUGGAGGAUCAGCAGCCCCUCACAUCACCAGUCAGAUCCAGUAAGAGAACAGCACCAGAGAGGUGUCCCCGUCCUCUUCCUCCACAGGAUGAUCAGGGAGAAGAUCUGAACAAUAUUAAUGUUCCAGAGACAGAUGUGAGCGGUGAUGAGCAGUAUAAGGAGGACAAUCCUACUGGGGAAGAUCUGAUCUAUAUUAAUGCUACAGACAUAAAGGAAGAAGAAGAGACAGAUGUGAGCGGUGAUGAGCAGUAUAAGGAGGACAUUCAUACAGUUAACCGCCCAGAUUCUUGUACCAGGAGAUCAGAGGAGAAUCUUAUAUCUUCAGAUUAUAAAGCAGAUGAUGAUAUCACACAAGAUACAUAUGAAGAACAUUCCAUUAUCCCAGAUACACCCUCAGCCCUUCACAGCCAAGAUCUGUCAUCUCAUCCUUAUAUACAGGUCCUGUCUUCUCAGUCAUCACAGAAAGGUCACAGAAGGGGUGUUGGACAUCAGCAAGCUCAUACAGUAUUUAAACUAUAUUCAUGCUCAGAAUGUUGGAAAUGUUAUACUUCUAAAUCAGAGUUUGUUGUACAUCAAAGAACUCACACAGGAGAGAAGCCAUUUUCAUGCUCAGAAUGUGGGAAAUGUUUUACUUCUAAAUCAGGUCUUGUUCAACAUCAAAGAACUCACACAGGAGAGAAGCCAUUUUCAUGUUCAGAAUGUGGGAAAUUUUUUACUUUGAAAUCUAGUCUUGUUAGACAUCAAAUAACUCACACAGGAGAGAAGCCAUUUUCAUGUUCAGAAUGUGGGAAAUGUUUUGCUCUUAAACCAAAUCUUUAUAAACAUCAAAUAACUCACACAGGAGAGAAGCCAUUUUCAUGCUCAGAAUGUGGGAAAUGUUAUACUGAGAAAGCAACUCUUGUUUAUCAUCAAAGAACUCACACAGGGGAGAAGCCAUUCUCAUGUGCAGAGUGUGGAAAGUGUUUUGCUAAGAAAUCAAUUCUUGGUGAACAUAAACGAACUCACACAGGGGAGAAACCAUUUCCAUGUGCAGAAUGUGGGAAAUGUUUUACUCAGCAAUCAAGUCUUGUUAAACAUAAAAUAACUCACACAUGAGAAGUCAAUUCAAACCUGUAAAUGAUGCAGAUAACACAUCUAUAUAUUAUCCAUGUACAUAGGAUAUCUUGACAUUUAUACAUAUAUCAUAUACUGCAUCUCCAAACUUGUU